AUGCCCCUGCUGCCUGGCACCGUGGGCCUGGCAGUCCUGCUCUUCUGGGCUGGCCAGGCAGCGAACGCCUUGAUGAUGCGUAAUGCUACCCCGGCCCCAGCCCGGCCCGAGAGCACGGCUGUGCGGCUUCCGAGUGGCCUGGGGGUGCCCAGGUACCGCCGGAGGCGCCACAUCUCUGUGAGAGACAUGAAUGCCUUACUGGAUUAUCACAACCACAUCCGGGCCAGCGUGUACCCGCCUGCUGCCAACAUGGAAUACAUGGUCUGGGACAAGCGGCUGGCCAGGGCUGCCGAGGCCUGGGCCACCCAGUGCAUCUGGGCACAUGGGCCUUCACAGCUGAUGAGAUACGUGGGCCAGAACCUCUCCAUCCAUUCUGGCCAGUACCGGUCCGCGGUGGAUCUCAUGAAGUCCUGGUCUGCGGAGAAGCGGCAUUACUUGUUUCCCGCCCCGAGGGACUGUAACCCACACUGCCCCUGGCACUGCGAUGGCCCCACCUGCUCCCACUAUACCCAGAUGGUGUGGGCAUCCUCCAAUCGGCUGGGCUGCGCCAUCCACACCUGUGGCAGCAUCAGCGUCUGGGGCAACACCUGGCAUCGGGCGGCAUACUUGGUCUGCAACUACGCCAUUAAGGGCAAUUGGAUUGGCGAGGCCCCGUACAAGAUGGGAAGGCCGUGCUCCGCCUGUCCCCCCAGUUACCAAGGUAGCUGCAAUAGCAACAUGUGCUUCAAUGGGCUGAAAUCCAACAAGCUCCCGUGA